AUGGCAACCCCUCCUUUCAUUCCCCUCUUCCUCUUCGGCUUCAUCUUUGCCUCUGCCAUCUCCUUGGCCACGGCCACGGCCAAACCCGCCCCACUCGUAUUCCCUGUCGAGAAAGAUAACUCCACAAACCGUUACUACGCCACCCUCCAGCUGGGGACUCCCCCUGCCGCCAUGAAUGCGGUCCUUGACCUCACGGGCCAGUUUACGUGGCUCGACUGCAGCGCCUACAAGUCCUCCUCCUUCCACCACAUUCCUUGUAACUCCUCUAGGUGUGAUGUCACCGGCGCCGGUGGCUGCGUCGACUGCUCCUAUGGCCCCGGUGGGACCACCUGCACCAACGGCACUUGCGGUGUCAUCUUGGUGAAAUUUUUCUCGGACAUGAUGACGUCCAUCGGACUUGGCGAGGACGUCCUGGUCUUGCACUCCCGGAAAAGGAACAAGUACACGUCCAAGAGUAAAUUCCAACAAUUUCCCUUCACUUGUGCGGAAUCGUACUGGGCGGAGAAUCUGCCGGAAUCAGCCAAAGGCAUGGUUGCGCUAGCGAGAAACCCGAGCUCGCUCGCCACCAAGCUCCCCAAGCAACUCAACCUGCCCCACAAAUUCGCUCUCUGCCUCCCUUCCUCCUCCAGAUCCGGCCACGGAAACCUUUACGUCGGUGGCGGCCCAUACGCGAAGCCUCCAAUUAAGCAAGACCUCGCGAAAUCACUCCUCCGCACUCAGCUCCUCAUCAGUCCGGGGACCAUCGCCCCCGUCUCCAGCGAAGGCGAUGGGUACACCAUUAAUGUAACCGCCGUCAAGGUUGACUCCGCUUCGCUCACCUUCAACUCCUCGGUCCUCAAGAUAGACAAGGACGGCUUUGGGGGGGCCACCAUCAAUCCUCUUAAUCCGUUCACGUCCCUCCACUCGGAGAUCUUCACGCCUCUUGUGAAGGAAUUCACGAAGAAGGCGAAGAGCAGGAAGAUCAAGCAGGUGAUGACGGUUGCGCCAUUUGGGGCUUGCUUUGACGCGAAGACAGUGAAGAGCGGGGUGGCCGGUCCGGACGUGCCGGCAAUUGUGCUGGUGCUCCACGGCGGUGCGCAGUGGAGGAUAGAAGGGGCGAAUUCGAUGGUGAGGGUGAGCAAGGAUGUAAUGUGCCUGGGGUUUUCGGACGGAGGAACAUAUGGGAUGGGCGCGAUGGCAAUCGGAGGUCACCAGAUGGAAGAUAAUCUGGUGGAGUUUGAUGUCGGGUCGUCCACGUUCGGGUUCAGUAACUCGCUUCUCCUCUUGAACUCCAGUUGCUCCCAUUCUUGAGCUGCUUUCCCCCGUCUUUGCCGAUCUGACAAAGAUGAUAAGUCCCCUUGGUGUUUUGAGCGUUGCGUUUUUGGCUUUAUGCGUAUGAAUAACAAUCUAUAUCUUUUAUUUUGAGCAAGAAUAUUUAAUUUGUGAUAUCGAAUUGAGUAAUGUGAAAGUGU